GCUCGCUCUGAUAAUAAUAAUAAUAAUAAUAAUAAACUCAGGCUCGCAGUAAUCCCAGUUAGUUUUGACGGUAUUCUGCUACUAUAUACAUUGUUGGCACUAACAGAGCAUUAUGCCUCAAAUGACACAACCCUGAUCUGAUAUGAACCAGUUGAAGCAGAUUCACGCCUUUACUCUUCGAAAUGGCAUAGACUACAACGAAAAUCUUAUUAAAAAACUCCUCCAAAUUUCGAACAUCUUUUAUGCCCACAACCUGUUCAAACUUAUUCCAACGCCAACUGUCUUUCUCUACAACAAUCUCAUUCAAGCUUACUCCUCUCAAAACCAGCCCCACCAAUGCCUUUAUCUCUACUCCCAAAUGCGUUUCAAAAAGUGCCUGCCGAAUGCACACAGUUUUACAUUCCUCUUCGCCACGUGUGCCCGCUUUUCCUCCCCUUUCCAUGGCCAAAUACUUCACACCCAUUUCUUAAUAUCGGGUUUGGAUUUUGAUGUCUUUCCCUUGACAGCUUUAGUAGAUAUGUAUGCUAAAUUGGGCAUGUUAGUCUCGGCUAGGCAAGUGUUCGAUGAAAUGACUCUGAGAGAUAUACCCACUUGGAAUGCGUUAAUUGCUGGUUAUUCGAGGCAUGGGAAUAUGGACGGAGCACUAGAGAUAUUUAGACAAAUGCCUAGUAGGAAUGUAGUCUCAUGGACCGCAAUGGUAUCUGGGUACUCGCAGAAUGGACUGUAUGCUAAGGCAUUACGAAUGUUUCUGGAGAUGGAGAAGGAGAAAGGUUUAAUGCCAAAUGAAGUGACUAUUGCAAGUGUACUUCCAGCAUGUGCAAACCUAGGCGCAUUGGAAGUUGGGGAGAGAGUUCAAGCAUAUGCCAGAAAACAUGGACUCUUGAGGAAUUUGUAUGUGAGCAAUGCCUUGUUGGAAAUGUAUGCAAGAUGUGGUAAAAUUGAUGCUGCAAAGCAGAUUUUCUUUGAGAUAAUUGGUAAUAGGAGAAAUUUGUGCUCUUGGAAUUCGAUGGUCAUGGGCUUGGCUAUCCACGGAAGAAGCUACGAAGCCCUUCAACUCUACGGCCAAAUGCUGAGAGAAGGAACCGCACCUGACGAUGUGACAUUUGUAGGACUUCUCUUAGCGUGUACUCAUGGAGGAAUGCUCGUAAAAGGCCGGCAACUUUUUAAAUCGAUGGAAAAAAUGUUUAGGAUCACUCCCAAAUUGGAACACUAUGGCUGCAUGGUUGACCUCCUAGGGCGUGCCGGAGAACUGCAAGAAGCUUAUGAUCUUAUAAAGAGGAUGCCAAUGAAGCCCGAUUCUGUAAUAUGGGGAGCACUACUAGGUGCUUGCAGUUUCUAUAAAAAUGUUGAACUUGCAGAAAUAGCAGCCAACUCACUAUUUGAACUAGAGCCCUGGAGUCCAGGAAACUAUGUAAUCCUUUCCAAUAUAUAUGCAUCGGCAGGCCGAUGGGAUGGGGUCGCUAAGCUUAGGAAGCUAAUGAAGGGCAGCAAGAUUACAAAGGCAGCUGGAUAUAGUUUUAUUGAAGGGGAAGGUGAAAUUCAUAAGUUCAUUGUGGAAGAUGCUUCACACGCAAGGCAUGAUGAAAUAUAUACCUUACUGAAUCGAAUUUCAACUAAGAUGAAACUACAAAGUGCAGAUGAUUCUGAACUUGAAGAAUUAUGCCUAAUGGAGAUUUGAUUAAUAUUUUUUUUUCAUUACUGCUUGCGGAUUAAUUUUCAGGUCUCUAUGUUCUAUUUGCUCCAUAAUCUAUAUGAUAUGCUA